ACAAUUAACUUCUAUUUUCUUCCGAUAAUUUACUUUUCCUCUAAUCAGUUGAAAAUAUGUCUAUUCGAUCUGCAGGAUACACUGUAAACGAAGAUAUUCUAUUAUGUAGAAUGCAUUUAGAUGUUUCUCAAGAUCCGAUAACGGGCGUCAAUCAAUCCAAAGAUCAAUUUUGGGGUCGAGUCAUGGAUGCAUACAACAAUACAAAGGAAGAUAUUUGGGAGAUUCGCACCAAGAAAUCGUUGCAACACCGAUAUGGAAUAAUUGAGAAGGCAGUAAGAAAAUUAAACGGAUGUGUACGUCAAGUAGAAAAUAUGCGUCCUAGUGGUGCUUCUGAGCAAGAUAUUCUUACACAGGCAAAAGCUUUACUUAUGCAAGAUCCGAACUUCAAAAAGGGUUUUAAAUUUGAUCAUGUGUGGGCUAUAAUGAAGGAUUUUGAGAAGUUUAACGAUGGCGAUUUUGGAAGGAAAAAACCAAGAAAGCAAGCAAAUUCUAAUAUAUCAUCGGAGCCUGAGAAUCCUACCCCUGAUUCACCCUAUAUGUCAUCUCCUAACUUAUCAUCAUUCUCACUAAAUUUAAAUGAGGAUAUUGCAGGUGAUUCCACAUCAUCACAACGGCCUAGUGGAGUGAAGAAAGCAAAAAUGAAGAGAAAAAUUGACGAAGAAUAUAUGAAGACAAUCCAAUCAGAUAAUAAUCGGAUGGUUGAGGCGAUGAAUAAUGCAACCCAGGCAAAAAUGGAAGUCUCGACUGUUCUAAAGAAAAAAGUAAGAGUAAAAGAAAUGAAAGAAGAAAAUAAAAUUUUAAUGAUGAAUGUGGAUUCUAUUGUCGAUCCGGCUCGUCGUGAAUUUAUGCGACAAGAACAACAACGAAUAAUGUAUAAAAGAAGUCAAGAAUAUUCACAAUCGCAACCACAACAAUCCUCAGCCCCAUUCAGUCAAUACUAUAAUGAUUUUGGUGUAUCUGGAAACGACAUAGGUCCCUACUAAGUUAUUAUGCUAUUUACCGUAGUUUCUAUUGUUAUGUAUUUUUAUUUAAUGUAUUUUCAUUUAAUGUAUUUUUAAUUUUCAC